CGCAGCUUCCCUGAAUUAACUGCAGCCAGAGUGGCGCCGCUAGCUUGCUGAGAGGAGACGAGCGACCACAACUUCUUAAACUUUAUAUCCACCCUCGCAUAAACCACGUUCUUGUUUUUCCUAAACUCAACUAGAGGUGUAACAAAUGCUGCUUCGUCAUGUCAUUUGGUCGUUGGCGAGCUAGUGUUAGCAUUAAACCGCUAACAACUUGGUUAGCUUGAGGUUUACACUUCACUGUGGUUCAUGCCUUGUGCUAACCACCGGGACUUAACACAUAAUAAUUAUGUGGUUAUGGUUUUUUUUUUGUUUUGUUUUUUGUUUGCUUGGUGGUUAAUGUGGAUUAGCUCAGCAUUAAGGUACAGCACAAUACCAACAUGGUGUUACCUGACAGCUGCUCUACUGAGAAUAACAAAACAGAUCUGAAGAUCAAGAUCAUCUCCGCUCCAGCUCUCUGAUUAUGUGAAACUGUGCCAACAACAUACAUCCUCUCAGAAAGUGCAGCCAGAGACAGAAGUCAAGAUGUCCAUCACCAACACACCCACCAGCAACGACGCCUGUCUGAGCAUCGUGCACAGCCUGAUGUGUCACAGACAGGGUGGCGAGAGCGAGACGUUCGCCAAGCGAGCCAUCGAGAGCCUGGUGAAAAAGCUGAAGGAGAAAAAAGAUGAGCUCGACUCCCUCAUCACGGCCAUCACCACCAACGGGGCCCAUCCCAGCAAGUGUGUGACCAUUCAGAGGACGCUUGAUGGACGGCUGCAGGUGGCUGGACGUAAAGGAUUCCCUCAUGUCAUCUAUGCCCGGCUGUGGCGGUGGCCCGAUCUGCAUAAGAACGAACUGAAGCACGUCAAAUACUGCCAGUUUGCCUUCGACCUCAAGUGUGACAAUGUGUGUGUCAACCCCUAUCACUACGAGAGGGUGGUGUCUCCUGGCAUAGACUUAUCAGGACUGACACUGACCAGUUCUGGCCCCAGCUCAGCACUGAUGGUUAAGGAUGAGUAUGAUUUUGACGGACCGCAGAGCCUGCCCUCUAUUGAGGGAGGCCACUCGAUCCAGACCAUCCAACACCCCCCUUCCGGCAGUCGCCCGGCCCCCUCAGAGUCAUUCGCGACCCCAAACCUGCUCCCUCCUGCUGAGGCCUCCACCUCCUCCUCGACGGCGUCCUUCCCUGCCAUCGCUGCUGGAUCAGGCAGUGCCAGUUCAACCUGGUCCAGGAAUAGCAGCUUCACCCCCAACAUCCCCCACCACACCAACGGUCAUCUACAGCACCACCCUCCCAUGCCACAUCCUACACACUACUGGCCAGUGCAUAAUGAGCUCGCCUUUCAGCCUCCUAUAUCCAAUCAUCCAGCUCCGGACUACUGGUGCUCCAUUGCCUAUUUCGAGAUGGACGUUCAAGUUGGAGAGACGUUUAAGGUGCCCUCUUCCUGCCCAAUCGUGACGGUAGACGGAUAUGUCGACCCCUCAGGAGGAGACCGGUUCUGUUUGGGCCAGCUCAGCAAUGUACAUCGCACUGAGGCUAUUGAGAGAGCAAGGCUUCACAUCGGCAAAGGGGUUCAGCUGGAGUGUAAGGGCGAGGGAGACGUGUGGGUGCGAUGCCUCAGUGACCACGCCGUGUUCGUUCAGAGUUACUACCUGGACAGAGAGGCGGGUCGAGCCCCCGGAGACGCUGUUCACAAAAUCUACCCCAGCGCUUACAUCAAGGUGUUUGACCUUCGUCAGUGCCACAGACAGAUGCAACAGCAGGCUGCUACAGCUCAAGCGGCAGCUGCAGCCCAGGCAGCCGCUGUGGCUGGAAAUAUACCUGGACCUGGAUCAGUGGGAGGGAUCGCUCCAGCUAUCAGUCUGUCAGCAGCAGCCGGUAUCGGAGUUGACGACCUCCGGAGGCUGUGUAUUCUCAGGAUGAGUUUCGUUAAGGGCUGGGGGCCCGACUACCCCCGCCAGAGCAUCAAGGAGACGCCCUGCUGGAUCGAGAUCCACCUGCACAGAGCUCUACAGUUACUGGACGAGGUUCUGCACACGAUGCCUAUAGCAGACCCACAACCUCUGGACUGAGAUCUUCAUAACUGCAGCAUCACACUGCGACAUACAGUGGCAAUGGAAAGUCUUCCUCUGUGAACUGUUUUGCAUGGAGAAGUCAGUGGAGCAGCUGAUGAAAAAAAUACUUACAGGUGUGUUUGAGGCACCUUUGUGCACUGUGGCCCCUACUUUUACUUUUUACCAAAGCCGUAUAUUAAAGAUAUUUCUCUGUAUUUUUCAUAUAUGGCUUUGAUUUAUAAUGACUGGAACAAUGAACUGUAGGACUAGAAAAAGACAUCACAUAUAAUCACACUUUAAACAUGCACAUAGUUGAUCUGCAGAUCUCAUCAAACUGGAAUGUAAACCGACUACUCCGUGUCCCCGGAGUCCAUGGCCACCAACUACUGACAGACAUUAGAUUCACUGAACAGUACGAGGACAACGCUACAGCUGGGGGAUGAGAGGUGCUCAUAUCCAGUGUGUAGCGCUUGUUUUUCUGUUGUGUCAGUUUUCAGUCAAGCUGUUAACACCUGGGACGACGAGCAGCGUCGGUCCACUGUCAGGCUGAAGAGAAAAGCAGCAGCACUCUGUGGAGAAUCACUGCUCUACAUCGUCAGCCACUCAACAGGGUUAGGGACCACCCCGCUGGAGCCAGUUAUACUAAACGUUCACUAAUAUCACAGGAGAAAGAAAUAAAGUGCCCCAUGCCUAAAUCUGACUCUCAACCUCUGAGCUGAAACAAGGUCAGCUCUAAGGAUGUCAUAGGUAGGUUAAACUGGCUGUGAGUUUAGUAUGUGUCUAAUGACAAAUGUUGUGGUAAAGGGCACAAAUAUUUAUCAUAAACUAGUUGAUUAUUUACAUGCAUCUUAGUAGCACUUUGGCUCGAAUAGUCUUCAUAAAACAUUUAUUAAUGCUUUAUUCUGCAUGACCAUAUUCUACAGUUUCAAGGCCGUUAACUAAGGGGCUAACUGAGCUGGGAGAGUAGGAUUUCUUGAAUAUUGCACCUUUUAAUGUAAAUAAGCAGUAAUUAAGAGGUUAUUGGCCUGGUAGUUGUAGAAUAUGAUCACGUAGAAUAAGGCAUUAAUAGCUUCAUAAGAACUAAAAUAACGAGGAAAUAUGCUGCUAACAUACAUGCUAACAAACAGCUUGUUAAUGGUGAAUAUGAGUACCCUAGUAUAAAAUGUUAUCACACUCACUCUAAUUAAAUAAGACUUGGACUAAAGGUGGAGCCCCUGUCAGAGGUCUUGGACCAGACAACAAAUGUCAUGUAGCCCAUGUCACAGCUACAUGAGGGGGUUUCCAAAUUCUCCAAAUCCACAAUACGAUAUAACGUUUGAUUUUAAGUCCACAAGUCGAUUAAAUUACCGAUUUAGGGAAAAGUUUCAGCACAUCUGGAUUUGUAAAGAUGUCGUUUAGAUUUUCAAAAUUCCCCUUGAAAAAGAAAAGGGCUAUUUUACAAGAAAAGCUUGAAUGUAUCUCGGUUUGACAAAAAUACCACCCGUCAGCGAUUCAACAAGAAACAAUAAAAGUCCAAAAGGAGACUGAACAUUUUUAUGUUGAUUUAUUCUCCUUUUGAUAGAUUUCUGAUUUAAAAUCAAACCCUACGCUACACAAAUGCAGUUUUUGUGUGGGUGUUGUGACACACGAGGUUGUAAGUCACUGAAGAUACAAUUCAUCUAUUUUCACUGACUUACUGUGAUAUAAAUUUUUUGCUCAGUGAAGUGAUCAUCACUGGUCUCUCUCCAGCGUGGUCGCCUCUCAUCUGUUUCAGGUAUGGUUAAUGUUUUUUUAUUUUUUUUUAUUUUUUGAAGAACGCCCUCUUUUAUGCUGCCACAAAGGAUGAGUCUCGUGCACCUUCUGCCAACGGUUUGCCUUUCUUAUGUUCACUUCUCACUGAGAACUGCUUUUGGUUCAAUAGGAUUGAAACAAGAAAAGCAGAGAAGAGGCAGCAAGUCGGUGUUGGACAUCUGACGUGUUGUCACAGUACCAUGAACAGGGUUUUUGGCAAACCAAAGUUUGAAUUGCUCAGAAACAAACUGUGACUCGAGUGAUCAUGAGCUGCUGGACUGUGCCCCAGUUAAAUUUGGAGCUUUCUUUAAUUGACGUUUUAAUUGUACCUGUAUUCAUUUAAAUUUUAUCAAGUUUUUAGGCCCCACACAUACAAAUACGACAGUCUUCCCACUCUAGUUUAGAAAUAUUGUACUAAAAUAUGGUAUGACUUGCAGCCCACUUAUAUACUACUUAAUCCAGGCCUUUUGUGUAUAGUUUACUGACAAAGAUGAGAGAAUUUAAGAGUGUUCCCAGCAAUAUUGAUAUAUUUUUUCCUGGUUUUAUUUUGUUACUUUUAUGAAUUGAUUUGUAUUAUAUUUUUUAGCACUUUACUUUUUUUUUUUCUUCUCAUUUUUAAUUCAGUAACCUUUUCUUUGAGGUGGUUGUCCUGCAACAUGAAUAUAAGGGAGUGAAUAGGUUGGUUUAUAUUUUCUGUAGGAUUGUGAGCAGAGGCAAUAUUGUGAUUCAUUUGUACUGAAAACAUUUGUAACACUAAGACACAUUCUUAAAAUCUGCUUUUGCCCUUUCACUCUCUAGACAUUUACACACAUCUGUAGGGUUUUUCUUUGUGGAUGUUCUGAGUUGCGGUAAUUUUCUUUUUUUGAUUGCAGGUUUCUUUUUCUUUUUUUUUUUCUUUUUAAUCCAUGUAAAUAACUUUUUGUUUUUGAAAUGCAUGUCAAUGUUUGCAUGACUUUUAUUGGCAGAUAGACCCCUUUAACCCUACCCCUCUUUUUUAAAAUAGAGUACUUCACUUGACCUGCGUUACACGGGAAAACUGGACUAUCUAGAGGAGAGUAGAAAGCAGCUCCAGCUGUAUACUGCUGUGUUGUGUUUUAUUAAUGCAGCAUUAAAGGCACACAGAGCUAAACAGGAUGUAACUUUAACCAAUGUUAUUAUAUAAACUCCUCAUCUUGGCUGCUAAAGAAGGCAACAUGCCUCUGUAAGCCUACACACAGUAACCCAACAGUUGUUAGUUUGCAGCCUCUCUUUAGAGCAGAAAUAGCUGAACAUUUCAACUUGCCCAGCCCCGGAGUGUUUCCCUGUGGUAUUACUGGCAGCUCUGCAGCUUCAAAGACAGUGUUAGCAUGGCUACCGCUAACAAGGCUACUGUCUUAAGCAAAAAACAACUGUAGCAAUCCCAAUGUGACCUAGAAAUCCUGAUCUCAGUGCCAUUUUUAAAAAAGGCAGAAAUAAACACCUGGUUGUAUUAAUAACACGUAUAACACGUAAUGAACACGUAUUAACAGGGUAACAGACUUUGACACAACACCAGCUUGUUCUUCAUCAAGUCAAUGUCAAUCUGUUCACUCUUAUUUCACCUCGGUUUAUAACUCUCCCUCUUCACCUUCUUUGCCUCCUCCAUCUGCUGGGUUCUUUAUCUUUUAGCAGUGUUGUUUCCACAGUUAUUCCAGUUGUUAAUAAUGCCUCUUCCAGUUUGAGUUGCUGUAAUGCCUCCUUUUUUUUGCAGAAAAAAUCUUGCAAAAGCGAUACUGUGUUACUGGUAUUUACUCCUGAGUGAGCUAAAGCAAAACAAAAGUUGUCUAUUGCCAGUUUAAAGUAAAAUGAGUAGAAGCAUGAUCUUUUUUCCCCCACGUGUUGAAACGGUUGAAGAUAAUUUGAGUCACAGAAAUAAUCCCCCCCCCCCCCCACACACACACACACACACACACACACACACGCACACACGUUUUUUGUCAUCGCUUACACACAUUGAUUAGGAGUCCAGAUGUUAUUCACUCAAACAUCUGUUUAGGCUUAUUUUUUUCAUAGCAGACUGUCAUAUUUUAUUUUUUUUCUUUCUGUACUGUUUUCAUGUUUAUGUCCAAACAGGAGUGUUAUUUUUACGGUGCUGUCUUAGUCGGUUAUGCAGACGAAUUGGAUUUGUUUAAGGGUUUAAUUGAAAUUUGGCGUUUGUCACAGGAAAUGAUCCACUCUGCUAUCCAUUUGCGUUGCCCCCCCCCCCCUUCUCUGUCACAUCUUGGAUUUAUUUCACUUUAAUUUUAAUACCGUUGUCAAGAAAAGUUUAUCCUACAUCAGGGAUUUCUUCACAGAAAUAUGCAUCCGAUUAAUUGAAAUGCAGGAAACAGAAUAUUUUCUGAUUUAUAUGUUACUGAAAGAACUGACGCUGAAUCCUGUCUGGAUAGAUAAUCUGUUUAUAUUCUGUUGUGCUUGAAGGUGGACAGAUGUUUUUAUAUAACUUGCAGUUCUUAUAGGAGCCUAAAGACACAGCUCAGAUGAGUUGAUGUUGACUACUAUGACAGAUUGCAGAUAUAAAUUUUACCUGUAUUUCUUAUGUGAGAGUCUGUAAUUAAACAUGGAGUGGUAAUCUCUA